CUCAUUUUCAACUUCAAAAUGGAAAACCAAGUUAACAAUAGCCUAACUGAUAGUGAAAUUCAAUAGAACUGUAAUAAUUUAUUCAUUUAACAAAGACGGAAACAUUCAAUUGCUCAAUUACAAAAAAAUUUCAGAGCCUGCCACCUUAUUUGUUUAAGGGAAAGAGUAUUUUUAACAAUACCACAAAUUCCUAGCAGGAUACACGCUACUAAAAUUUGUAGCGUCAUUUGUUAUCGUAUAUUAAGCAUUAAUAAAAUAGAUUAUAUUGAGACUAACAUUAUUCUCUGACGAAUAGCCCUUCAAAGAUUACAACUAUAUUUUUGAUGUUGCUUACUUAGAAAUAUGGAUGUACCUUUCACGUAAAAGUACAUCGUCAUCAUAGUUUCACAUAGUUUCUUUGGAUUCAUCUAUUACAUUAAGUUGAUACUACUCAUUGAUAACUCAAUGUAAUCUCAAAGAGUGGCGAAGGAGUUGGGAUACUUGAUUGAAUUUUAUGUUCCAAGCAACUUUUCUGAUCAAUAAAUGGAAAACUACAUCGAUGAACAACUGAUAAUAUAAAAUCGAGAAAUACUUAUACGAUAAGGAAUAACCGGUUAGCAGGAUGAUUAAAGAAGAAUAACUUAAAUUGGGAGUGAAAUUAAAGUACAACUCAUUAUUAAAAAAGAAAAAACUAUUGAAAAAUAAUUAGUGUUUAAAUCUACAUGGAAAAACCUGUUUUAUUGCUUUCUAAUUCAUCCAAUUGUGGAGUAUCCUCUUCUAUUUCCAAUCUCAAAAUUCUCAGGAUGAGGUUGGAACCUACAAAUUUAUUACGAUGUACAAAGGAUACAUUUUCUCAGUAAACCUAAAUCCUAUUUGUUUAGGUUGUUUUUAUUGGAGUGUAUCAAUACUUAGAAAUUUACAUCACGGUCUUGUUAAUAAUCAUUUUUUUGCCAAUUCUUCUAAUUUACAGUCUAUGCCUUUGGUUCAAUAAGUACUUCAAUAAGAGAAAUUAAAAUACAAAAAUCGAUGACUCUUUAAAUGAAGCCUUAUUCAGUUCCUUAGAUAAUGUAGAUGGUAUUUACUAUUAAUAAGUGAUUAUUAGACAAAGAGUGUUCAAUAUGCAUGACUCAAUUUCAGGAUUAAGAAUACAUAGUCACACUCCCUUGUUCAUCCACUCAUAGAUUUCAUUCCUCUUGCAUAAGAUCUUGGCUCUAAGUCAAUAAUAAAUGUCCUUUGUGUAGAAGUGAAGUAAACAUCUCCUCAGAGGACAUCUUAUGA